AUGUCGGAUCGUUCCGGCGUUACCUCCACCGCAUCCCAAACUCCGGCCCGUCGUAGAGCCCUCAGAAUCCUCAUUUCCUCCUCGUCUUCGUCCUCAUCUUCAUCUUCAUCCUCUCCUCCUCCUCUCACUUCUUCCUCUGCUUCUAAUUCCAACUUCCACAUUCCUGAUCUGCUCGAGCCCAUUGAUAUCAUGAGCUCUCCAUCUGCCCAUUCUCUUUCCGCCCGCACCUUGGAGGAGGCGGCCGAGCUUGAUGCUUUCAUCGAUCAGCAGGCCACUUCCAUUCCUUCCCCCAAGUCCCCACAUGACUCCCCUGGCGGAGUCCAGGGUGGGGCAGGUAAGGAUAGAGAUUCCUCAGAGAGGACCCCUACUCCUGAGUAG